AUGACCCUUCCCGUCAAGGAAAUCCCCAAGGAGUGGGUAAUGUACUUUGAUGGUGCUUUCUUGUUGCAAGGUGCUGGAGCAGGAGUGUUGCUAAUUGCACCCACCGGAGAACACCUCAAAUAUGUUAUCCAGAUGCACUUCCCCAGGGAAGAUGCUACCAAUAACACUUCACAAUACGAAGGGCUCCUUGCCGGGCUCGGGAUUGCAAUAGAGUUGGUCAUAAAGAAGCUAGUUAUACAUGGUGAUUCCCAGCUCGCUGUAAAGCAAGUGAGUAAGGAUUACCAGAGCCCACUGAUGGAGGCAUAUGUGGAAGAAGUAAGAAAGUUUGAAGAGCACUUUGAUGGGUUGCAAGCCGAGCAUGUACCCCGUGCAGAGAACAACAUCGCUAACCACGUGUCAAAGUGCGCUGCUCAGAAGCUUCUUGUGGAACCAGGAACUUUUGUACUCCAUCUAACUCAAUCGUCAGUCUCUCCAUUAGCGUUGGCCAGGAAGAGAAGAAAACUGAACACCAACAAGCAUUUCCUGGCAGAGCUCCCCGGAGCCGCUGGUGAGAAGGUUGUCGGGGGGGGAGCCCUAUGA